GGAGCGGAGGUGGAUCCACGCUCUGCAUCUGAAUGGAAACAGGAGUGCGGUCAGUCCAGUCGCUCCAUUGAUUUCCUGUUAAUGGAACUGCAGCCGGGAGGAACAACUGAAAUUAAAAUCGCAGAAAAGAGGCGGCCAUGUGUAAAAUCGGACGUGUCCCAUUGAUCGGCGUAUUGGAAAGAUGCAUCAGAAGAGCAGCCUGGAAGUUCAGAACGCUGGCUGUAAUUAGAUCAGUCACUGGAGUGCUUACAAAAUCAGCACGGAAAAGGAAACGGGAGUUGGUGCUUCCUGGUUCAGUUCAUUCCAACUUUCAUGGAUCUGGUUCACAUCUAUGAGCCUCUCAUAAAGAUGCUUGGACAAUAUUUAAAGGUUCAGAUGAGGUCAUGUUAAAAAUAAAAUCGAAUCUCACUCAUUAGUGUAACAUUUCAUAAAAUCAGUUUAAACAGUUUGAAUAAACUUGCAGUUUUGACCAUUAAAGGAAGAAUCAGGCUUUUGACACGAGUGUUGUAGGAAGUUAUGGUACACUUGUCACAUAUUUAACUAGAUUUCAAUUUAAUAUCUGAAGAUUAAAGCUACAAAGUAAGUUAUGAUCUGUGAGAUGACUGUUUCACUCUUAUUUAUGUCCGAGGUAAUCUUUGGUACCAAAUUCUCUCAGAGAAGUCAACCCAGUGCACCAGUUCAUCCAUGGUGCAUGCCGCACCUCCGAUGAUCAAACAAGUUUGAGGUCUUUUGGGUUCAACCACUAAAAAGAAGCAUCAAACUGAGCAGAUGGCUGCACAUUUCACCUCUAAUGACUGGUUGGAAGGGUCCAUCCACAGUGCUGCGAGGGAAAUGGCAGCAGAGCGGGGCCACAGCAUCGAUUGUUCUGGUGUUUCGCUGCCAAUAAGUGGAGAGCAACCAGAGCCAACUGGGAUCAUUUGUUUAUGUUGGAUUUAGAACCAACAGUGCGGCUGAAACCUUUGUGAGGGUCAGAGAGAGGAGAGAAAAGAUGCCAUUGUUGUUUGGUUUCAUAUCCAAGUUAAAAGCCCUGCCUAUGUAAAAAAAUGGGAGACUGGAACUUCCUUGGUGGGAUCUUGGAGGAGGUGCAUAUCCACUCCACCAUGGUUGGCAAGAUCUGGCUCACCAUCCUGUUUAUAUUCCGGAUGCUGGUGCUGGGCGUGGCGGCGGAGGACGUGUGGAACGACGAGCAGUCAGACUUCAUCUGCAACACAGAGCAGCCCGGCUGCCGCAACGUCUGCUACGACCAGGCCUUCCCCAUCUCCCUCAUCCGCUACUGGGUUCUCCAGGUGAUUUUUGUUUCCUCGCCCUCCCUGGUCUACAUGGGUCACGCCAUUUACCAGCUGCGUGCUCUGGAGAAAGAGCGCCACUGCAAGAAAGUGGCCCUUCGCCGGGAAUUGGAGGGCGUGGACACAGAGCUGGUGGAGGUGAAGAGGAGGAUUGAGAAGGAGAUGAAGCAGCUGGAACAGGGGAAGCUCAACAAAGCUCCUCUGAGGGGCUCCCUGCUCUGCACCUAUGUGGCUCACAUCGUGACCCGCUCGGUGGUGGAGGUCAGCUUCAUGACGGGUCAGUACAUCCUGUACGGACACCGCCUAAACACUCUGUACAAGUGCGAACGAGAGCCUUGUCCAAACAUGGUGGACUGCUUUGUCUCCAGGCCCACAGAGAAAACCGUCUUCAUGAUGUUUAUGCAAGCCAUCGCCUGCAUCUCCCUGUUCCUCAGCCUCCUGGAGAUCAUUCAUCUGGCCUUCAAGAAGAUCAAAAAAGGCAUCCUGAACUACUACCCCCACCUGAAGGACGACCUGGAUGAUUACUACGUGAGCAAAUCCAAGAAAAACUCAGUUGUGCAUCAGGUUUGUGUUGGGACUUCAGUGGGACGGAAGACUACGAUCCCCACAGCGCCCAGUGGAUACACCCUACUGCUGGAGAAGCAGGGCAACGGACCCAACUACCCCCUCCUCAGUGCCUCCUCCGCUUUUGUCCCCAUUCAGGGGGACCCUGGUGGGAAGCCAGACUGCCACAAGGAUGUCAAGGAGGGAGCACUGAGCCGGAUGGAGCAGAACAGCAACUCCAACAACACCAGCAGUGAGACCCGCUCCCCUGCUGCAGACAAGCAGGGCGAAGCGGAGGAGGCCAGGUCCCCCCACCACGAUGACAUGGAGUGUGGGAGCUCAGAGUACCCCACCCUGCCGGCGGUGGACACCUCCUCCUGCCCCGCCCUGUCGGGCAUAGUGAGGAAGUCGAGGAGGGUCAGUCCACCGUGGAACUGCUCCACGGUGGUGGAGGGGAACUGCUCAGACAGCGGGGACUCCUACCAGGGAAACAGCAGCAUGAAGCUGCGUGGCAGCUGCAGCGGCCCCCGCUCCAGGGUGCUCUCCAGAUCAGAUACGAAGAGGCAAAGCCGACCCCAGAGCCCGGACUCCACAGGGGAGCUGAGCUCCGUGUCCCGACACAGCCGAGAGAGCAACAGCCCCACAGCAUCCUCCCCAAACCGCCGAGUGUCUGCGGCGAGCAGCGGCAGUAGUAGACGAGCCCCCACUGACUUACAGAUAUGAUGGCUGCUGAUGACCUGCAACCAGCAGGUUUACCUACCACCAUCUUAAAGACAUCAAAACGAACACAAAAAGCCUUUGUCAUAUACUGCUGUAGAGAUUAGCCUCUUGACCCCCCAGUAACUUUUUUUUCCUGCCGCAUUGAGGGAACAAGAAGGGCUUCGUUUUGUUUGGAUUCUAGGAGUUUCAUGCCUUGCUAACCAGUGGGGAGAAUUACCAAACUUGGAUUGAUCUUUUAGGCUAGUUAACAGAAACAUUUCCCAUCAUCAAAACCAUCUGAAGAAACCCAACAUCAUGUAGACAAAAAAAAAAUUGAACAAUUCCUCUCUUUUCUCAAGUUUUGUUGAUAUCAAAAAUUCUGUUUCAACUA